AUGACGACUAACUCAACACUGGCGGACGAUCCGUCGGUUUCGAGUCAAAUGAAUGAAUAUUCAAGCGGUCAGUUCAAUGCAAACCUUGAAUCGUCUCAGCGAAUGACAGAGUCUGGAGGGCGUGUAAGCUCCACGUACGGCCAGCGUCAGACUGAAAUGAGACUCAAAGCUGCUGACUUUGAUGAUCUACCACCCGAAAGAACCAAGGAUUACAAAGGACGGAUUCGGACGUGGCCUGGAUUGUUAUUGCUACUACUUCUGAUUGCAGGUGCUGCAGCGAUCAUUGUACAGCAGUCGAUAAAGACAAGCGAUUUAAUGAGUGCCAACCAAGAAGAGUAUGAGCUAGAGCAAGCCAAUCGGCGAAAAAUUAAGGAUGGCAUGGAAGACGAUCAAGUGCUGAUUUCAGACGACGGACAGGUUGGGAAUCCUAAAAAGUACCCGGACAUGGGCUGUGAAUUACCUGAUUAUCAAAGCAAGAAUGGAAAAGUUGUUGCCGUAUCAAAGAAUGGCACAGAGGUUCCAGUUGGCAUAAAGGGUGUCAACUGGUUUGGAAUGGAGACUGGUUUGGCCAUUCCAUUUGGAUUAUGGGAAAACAUUGAAAACGGCACGUCCGUCUACGAGGUGGCAGCCUUCUUGGCUCGCAACAAGUUUAACAGUGUGCGUUUGCCAGUGUGCAUCAAAAACAUCCUCAAGGACACGGCACCGGACAAGUCGCUAAUUAACAUGCAAACAAACCGUGCCAUCAAAAUUACGUCCUACAUCUCGACUGUCCAGUCAAUUGUUGAAGCGCUGGGCUACCGUCAUGUUUCGGUUCUUAUCAGCCUCCACACUUUGGACCCGAAAAAGUCGGGUGGCGCCUGGUUCAGUGAAGAGCUUGAUGUGACCGAGGAUCAGUUUCUCGAGGCUGUUGACAUUUUGACGCAAAACUUGUGCAGCUCCAAGUACUGGAACAUCAUUGGACUUGAUUUGAAAAAUGAGCCACACGAAUGCUCGUGGGGAGGAGCAGAACCAGAUUGGCAGAAGGGAGCGACGUUGAUCGGUAACAGGAUGCUGGAAAACUGCCCAAACUGGCUAGCUUUUGUCGAAGGCAUCGCUUCGAAGGGCACUAUUACGUUGAAUGGGAAGGAAGACACUUACUUUGAUUGGUGGGGAGGUGGUCUUGCUGAUGCUGGCGGUAAUCCUCCCACAUUUGACAUCGAGAACAAACUAGUAUGGUCGCCACACUACUACAACACCGGCGUGAAUCCAGCCUGGUACCUCUAUGCCUCGGGUACUCAAAACGCUGAGGGUGGACGUGAUGGCUACGUCGAGCUUGAUGACGACACGCUGAGAAAUAACGUGGAGAAAACCAUGGAGAAAAUGUUUGGCUAUCUGGUGAAUGAAGACACAAACUCCGCUAUGGUCAUGGGUGAAUUUGCUGGCCUGUACGGUAAAGACGCCCACCCGAUGCUCACAACAAAACGUACCACAGAUUAUACAAUCGAGGUCAUGAUCAAGGCGAACUACGCUGGAGCCUACAUGUGGUCAUUGAACCCCGAGAGUGCGUACCAGUUUAACCCGGCCGACACUUUUGGCCACUUCACCGAAGGUCUCCUGCAGGACGACUGGCUCACGCCAAACAAGGUGUUCGUAGAAGGCAUGGCUGCAUUGGACGUGAUGGAAAACCUUCAACCGUUCCCUUGCUUCCCCGAAGAAAAGGAGGGUUCCUCUUCAAAAGAAGCAUUAGCAGAAGAAGAGUAG